UUCCCUUCGGAGUCCUUUUAAGGCUUUUUGUUUUCCAUAGCACCCCAUUAUUCAGUUAUAUAGGACCCUCUAGUGACAUGCCAACACCCUCACACUGAGGAGUAAUUUCAUUUUUAGCCAUGUGUAUGUAUAUCAUACUGUAAGUUUCUGAUCACCAUAUUAUUUAAUAUUUACAUCACAAGUUUGUCAAAAAGGGAAUCACACUAACAAAUAGCCUUACACAGUAUCAAUACUUAUGAAUUACAAUAUGCCACAGAAUUAGGUAUCCAGGAACAGUGUAAUGUCCUCGGCAGUAGAAUUAUGCAUCAAAUGUGUACAUGUUUGUGUUUCCAUCUUCUCUUUCUCACAUACUGUAGUUGACACGUAUCUCUAUGGGUGAGGAGAGGACAAGCGUGUGGUUUUUAGAUGAAAACUGACACUUCAGUAUGAGCACAUAACUUCCUGCUACAGCUCUCUGGACUUUCUGUUCAGAGGCGUCAGAAACCCACGGACAGCCAUCGAAAUAACACGAAGUACUCCAACUGUCCAUCUACUCUCUCUCAUUUUGCGGCUCCUACAAAGAUGUUUCGGGAUUCUCUGAUCUUGGUCACUCUAUUCUUGAACUUCAGCCUUGCUGAGGCCCAAGUGCCGGAGGGGAAGCUGUGUUACGUCCUGGAUGGGAUUCUCUUGUCCUACGGCAUCGUUCUCACCUUCUUGUACUUCAGACUGAGGAUGACUCCAAUCUACAGAAACACUGAUGGAUAUCCACAGGGCACUGGCGGAUAUUCACAGAAAGGAGAGGGACUUUACGCAGGUUUGACCCAUAAAGGUCAGGACACUUAUGAGACCAUCAAAGUGCAGAAGACAGCUGUGCUGGUGUGAUAGAGGAAGAACAGUAAAGCGAGUUGUGGUAAACAACAAACCCUGUCUAACAUGGCAUUUAAAUUAGUUUAAAUCUACAUGACUGCUUUCCAAAACAUCAGGCUUCGGUUGGGCCAGUAGUGUUGGUGGCUGUUGACUGUAGGGCAGUGUUCAAAAUGCAUUUUUAUUAUUCUGUAUACCAGCCUUUCACUUCAUAAAAUGAACGAUCAAUUCUCCUGUCAUUUAAAACUGUGAUUAAAUGAUUCGACAACAAUUUUAAAUCAGGGUUCCAUGUUUUCUAUUAAAGUUUAGUCAACAUUGUAUGCUAAUGAUACUACCAUAGGCUAACAAACAGUGCAUUUUAUUUCUACAUAUUUUAUAUAAUUGAUAUGAAAUAUUUAUCUUAACACAUUUUCAGCAUGUUUAUUAGGAUGGGUGUUCUACUUCUGUGUUACCGUUGGAAGGACCCAACACAAGCUCAACAACCUGACUGCACAGAGUCCGACUGACUUCCUGUCUUUACUCAUAAAAUGCUCAUAAAGGUUU